AUGGAACAAGAUCAAACGGCUAUGCCAAGGGGUAGAAGAAUUUCAUCACUUGAUCACAAGCUUAUGGCCAUAGGACUAGCAAUUCUUGCUAUAUUAUCUCCGUUAUAUAUUGAUCGGAGAUCCGUAUCUGAGCCAGAAGUUGAAGAGCCCAUAAAUUUCUCUUCCUAUUUGCCUCUUCUGCUGCUAGUUCUGAUACUGGGCAUUGCUUUUUCAAGUUUCAAGGAUACUCUAUUCACCAGGUUUGAUCCUUACUGGAUUCAUAGGGUUGGGGGUUCUUCAACUGGUAUUAUAAUUACUUUAGCUGUUCUUGGUUUAGUCUUGAAGUGUAAAGCCUCUUAG